GUAUGGCCGGGAUUGGGAUUGGGAUCGGGAUUGGGAUUGGGAUUGGGAUUGGGAGCUGCUGCAGGCGCUGCACGGCUGCACCCUGCGCUCAGGGCAGGACAGCUUCACUGUGCGAAAGUGCUGUCCACCCGCUCCUGGAGAGAUCUCGGACCUGCUGAUCGCUCGCCAAGCCCAGGACAACGGGAAGCAGAUCCUGAACCUGGCCCAGCUCAGCUUCCACCAGAUCCGCAAGGACGAGAUCACCCAGGUGCUGCUUUUGGGAUCCCUGCGG